UCUGUAGACGUAGCUCGUUCGGCUUACUUAUGAAACUAAGGGCGUCGAGCAGGUUAAUAUUUAAAUGAUCUGUAAUACGGGAAAGCCGGUUGACAACAUUUAAUCUAUUGUAGCUUUGUCGAAACUGCUAAAGUUGCACUUUAUAUUGUUCCGAUUAUUGCGUUCAUUCCUUACACUCUAGAUGCUUCUCGUGGCGUUCGGCAUCUUGAUGAAGGACUAUGAAGGCCGAGAACAAGAUAACUAUGAAAGCGAUAGGACGACAUAGUGAGAAAUGUGGUUGUUGGAAUCGUAACCGUUCGGGCUGGCGAGAAUCUCAGCGUGUGGUGAAAAUCAGCAGCUGCCACCAUAAGACCUACAGUGGAUGAAGUUGCACCUGCAACACACAGCGCCACAGUAGACCUAAAUGUAUAGACCCUGUUUUCAGCUGGUGCCUUGUCUACUUCUGUAGGUAAAUAGUAUCUAGUAUAUCGAGUUUUCACAACCACAGCCAGGAACGCGUGCUCUACUAUGAGUUGCGAUGAUUACAGGACCGCCGGACAACCCUAUGAGAUUCGAACACCCGGGGAGACCCUUGAGGGACAAGACGGUAUGCCCUCUCCGUGUAUUUGAUCAGGUCGCGAUAUAGUAAACCUCGCCUACUUGUGCAUACUGCUAUAUGAAAUGGCAUUGACUGCCGCUGGCAAUGCUGGCGCUGCUUCAGCCGCUGACAUCUCUCGACAUCGUUUUCCUUGGUCUCGACGCGCCCGCGAUCUGACAUUGACCACACUGACCCAUUGCCCGUGCUGCUACUGCCGUGGUGCUAAAACCACUUGACCGUUACUGUUUGCUGAUUGUGGCAAUGCGCGCAAAACUAUUGGCCUACGGAAAGCAGCGUGAUGCUUAAGUGAACCUGUCGUAUCGUUAAAGCAGCUGAGCGGUCGAAGUCGAAAGUUCGACGCACCUGAGAAGUAUAGGAAAUGUCUAUUUGAAGAAAAACGACUAGAAAAUAGCUGGCAUCAAGAUUCCUAUGCCUUGUCGCACCCUACUGUUUCAAACGUAAGACCGUGCGUGUACCUGAUUAAGCGGAGAGAGAAGCACGUUUUCGCUAAAUUAGUCCCAAGUCUUCGCCAGUCGAAACUCACCCGCCGAUAAAUACGGUUAACUGUCUACGGCUUCGCUUUGUCUUUUUGUGUGGUUUUUUGAAAAGUUUAAUGUCCUGCUACGGUGCCUUGCUGCUGUUCUGCUGAAUAGACGGUAGAAAAGGUUGAAUCUCGAACUCGGCUUGAAAGAAAUACUCAUCUUAAAUCUUUCGUUUGUAUGAUCUGUUUUGUUAUACAUUACUUUUCUCCAGAUAUGACUACGAUCUGGAAAUAUCAGUGCCGACGUUUUGUGAACAAUAGAUAGUUAUUGGGACAUAUAAUACUAGUGUCUGUUAUUUGUAUUCACGCUAUAGACAGCUGAUCUCUAACGAAUGGUUUGGUGAUUUCCUAGCCAGCGUUAGAGGCCACGACCGCUAUAUUUGAACUCAUUACCUGUACGUUUUUUGCCGUCCCUCGAACGGGUCACAGCCCAUGAUAGCACAGUGCUAAAGCCAAUAUCGAAAAGAGUAAAAUCUCAGCCCUUGCAGGUAGGCAGUGUCUCUAUUGAUCUAAUACGUAAGGCUAUCAGACACGGUAGGCGGUAUAUAAUAUCUAUAUACUGUCUGAUCACUGUUACUCAUCUUUAUACUGCUGUAUGUAACCGACCUAUUUAUGAUGUACAAAAUGGAGGAUAUAUGCCUCUCCUCUUAUCGAAGAUACAAUAAUACUAUGCGACGUUUACCAGUGCUUCGUUACGAGCUUCGUAUUACCCUGGAUAUUGACUGCACUCAUUGACCAGCACAAGUUAGCCGGUUGUCAGGAAGCAACAAAAAGAUCGUGAACACUUGCGCUAUCACUUGUCCUUCCAGCCUCAUUGCCUACCUCGAGAUUGUGUUUAUGUGUAUACCGUAAACAAUAACAAUUAUACGAUAAUUCGACAAGGGUGAAGGUGUGCGAAGCUGACACAGACAGGGUUCGGAAACCAGUGGCUCCAUAACUCGGUGGAUUUGUGUGCGCUCAUCAUGGUUUUUCUUUUGCUUCCGUAGCUGAGAAGGUACACCAUUUAUUUGUUACGAGCAUCUUAAGAGUGAAUGGUCCGUUAGGGCCUGUGGAAAUCACAGUGGGAAUGAAUCGAUCAAAGCUACGACGAUUCCAUUCGGAAUCGUACGACUUGAAACAACGCCCGUUGUUUCGGCGGCAGAGCCUAUGUGAAGUGGUGUACGAAGAGCCGGAAUUCGUUGGCCUGCUUGGUUAUCACGAGCGACCUAGUUCGCCUCAUACACCGGAAGAGAGCUCUGGCGCAAAUAGUACCUCCCUGUCGCGAAUCUCUGACGAGGACGAAGAGUGGCGGGGGGCGCACAAGCCUGGACCGAGCGGCGUUUUGUCCCCGAGAGCCUCCCAGGCUACUCAAGGGGUGCAGGCCACUGACGGCGGCGGCGGGCAGGCUGAAGGCUGCUCGCUUGCCGCCGCACCGCUUUCGGAUCCAGUUACCCCCCGGGCCGAACGAAAAUGCGGACUCCUAGCAAGAUCUUCGACGGCAGGCUUUGCAGGAGACGGUCCUCCAACUUCAAAAGGCUCCUCCUUCGGAAGAGCAGCCCUCGAUCGACAGUGGCGAAAACUGUUCCAUAGUAACUCACAGGAUCAUCACGAUGAGGGGCAAAGACCCAGUCGGGAAAAACACUCUCUCAAAUUUCGCCGGCAGGACAUACUCAACAGCGAACUCUAUGCACAUCGAAGUAAGAGCCUGACCCAGAUCGACUGUCUAGGCAGCCGAGGGCGAGGCGACAUGUUGAGUGCGGGCGUGGAAGAAGGUCAGCAAUCUACGCCAUGCCCGGACCGGUUAGCCGUACCCCCCGAAGGCGGCGGACCGUCAGGCGAUUCGUCGGGUCGAUCCACGCUCUUAAGUGGCACCCACAAGGUUCCUAGCCAAGAGUACCUGUCUGUAACUGUGGAGUGUGAGGAUUCUCGUCCCCAAGAAAUGGAAAUUGUACCCGUCGCAAAAGGAGCUGUACUCAGGGACGUCUUAUCAGGCGUAUUAGAACGGCGUGGAUUGAAUAUCUCAUCAGUAUCGGUAGUUCAAGAAGGUUCAUCAAAGAAGCCCAAUCUAACUACCGAUACCCAUAAACUGGCCGGGUGUCACUUUCGCAUCAAAGUGAAGGAAGGCCAUGAGUCGCAGAGUGUCGCUAGGGCGAAUUCCACUUCAUCGCUAUCGAGUACAGGAAACCAAUGGCGGGGUGGUUCAGGACCAGGAGUCAGAGGAGUGGGUAGCAGCAACGUCAGCCAGAACUCCUCCUCCUCAUUGCGAGACAAGGAUCAGCGCAAGAUGACCUCCUCUGCGCUGACUGGGUCGCAACGAGGCCGUCGGGGUGGCUUGUCUACAGAGGAUCUCUCCAGCGAACUCCAACAGAUAGCCGACUCACAGAAUUCGUGGAAGAAUUCGAAAGGCCGACAAGCGAUUGGUCGAAAAGCUGGACUUCUCGCCACUGGAUACAGGAUGGAUAAGGCCUCGCAGGACAAGGAAGAUAUGCGUCUGCUUACAGAGUUACUCAACCAGUACGCACAAUCAGGCAUCCCCGCCAUGGCGCUCGGUUACUCAAGCGGUAGCGAUGAUGACGAGAGUCUAUUUUAUAUCGAGGAUAGUUGGAGACAGAUUGUCGAAUCACCAGAGGUCUUGGAUAAGCAGCUUCAAUCUCAACAGGAAGCACUGUGGGAGCUAUUAGCCACCGAGGCUUCUUAUAUUCGUACGUUGAAAGUAGUUGUCGAACUUUUCCUCUCGACACUAUGUAACUUACAGGACAAAGGACUGCUCAACGAUAUCGACGUUGACAAAAUGUUCAGUAAUAUCGUGGACAUAUACGAAGUGAACAGGACAUUCUGGACGAAAUGUCUUCAACCGCUUCUUCGCGAGGGUCGUAUACAUCGGCGACCUUUGAAUCCACUGCGGCUACGCGACGGAUUUAUUCAUUUCGAAGAACUCUUCGAGCCAUAUAUAAAAUACUGCCUAGAGCAAGCCACCUGUCUCGCAUAUGUUAAAGAAAAUCGUCACGAGUCUGUUCUCUUCAAAAGCUAUGUCGCGUGGUGUGAAUCGCAGAAAGAGUGCGGUCGGUUACGAUUUACCGAUUUGCUCGUGAAGCCGAUGCAGCGGCUAACCAAGUACUCGCUACUCCUAAAGGCCAUACUGAAGAAAACAGACCAAUUGGAAACGCGUGCUGGUCUAGCCGAAAUGAAUGACAUGGUCGAGCGAUUCGUCUGCAACGUUGACGCUCAGCUCCGGCAACGCCACGAACACGAGCGACUAGAAUCGCUUAUUGGCCGAAUUGAGGCGUACGAACCAUUCGAUACUACCAGUGACGAAGUGGAGAAAGCGCUACGGGACAAUUUUACCUUGGACCUAACCUGCGCGAUGCCCGGCUGUGGACAGCAGAACCGGCAACUGGUGGCCGAAGUGCCCGGCGUGAAGUUCCGUGACGCCGCCAGUUCCAGCAAGAUCGACGUACACUGCCUAUUUUUAACCGACAUGCUGUUAUUAUGCAAGUCCAUUGGUCGAAAGGGCCAGGACAAGCUUAAGGUAAUUCGACAACCAUUCGUUGUCGAGCGUUUGAUCGUUCGCGAUAUGAAAGAUGCGUCCUUGCUACUUGUCUACCAGAACGAAUACCGCGUCGUCGCCUGGUACCUACAGCUUUUUGGCCCGGAGCAAGUGCUGCGCGGGCUGGUGGAGCAGCUACGCAAGGCACAGGAUCAGUUCGCCAGAGCCCGUGCGGCGGCCGUGCAGGGACGCCACGCUGGGCUCGCGUACCUGGCCACAUCCUACCCGGAAGACCCCGAGGAUGACGCCCCACGACCGUCGCUUCUUACUGCAGGACGCUCGCCACGCAGCUCUAGUCACUCAAGUUUGGUGCACUCGCAUUCCGGCUCUAUCGAUAUGUCUGACCCCGUAUCGGCGAGUUCGCAGGCGCCAACUGUACCCUGUCCUACGCCGCUUUUCGGGGCGUCAAGCAGUGGAAGUCCGCAGGGCGGUCGCGCCACGAGCUUCGAACUGGGCGAAUUGCAACGACAGGACAGCAGUUGUCAGCUCGAUCACCUCGAUCUCUUACAGCAGCAUCGUUCACGCAGUGUAGAGACACGAGGGACUUCGUCGGUCUCCGUCACCGUAACGAGUCCAAGGCCGGAGCGGCGUGCCUUCUUGCUUAAGGGAUGUUCUCCAGUUGGGCCAUCUGCAGCUCCUUCAAAUACGCUAACAGUUUCUGUGCCGCUCCAGCAACACCAAUACGACAAGCAGGAUAGUCUCGGAUCGCAAUUUUCGCCAACAAUUCAGGUCCCUCUGGCAUCUCCGACAAAGACGCUAUGUCCACACAGUCCGCCAUCCCCGCGAACGCUGCAGCGGGCCCUGCUGCACAAUUCCAGCCCUACAAAACCGCCGCUGCUGAAGACCAAGAACGUGUCCGGUCUGGUGACGCACAGCGCGCCGGUUAGCGAGGGACCAAGUCCUAUACAUAGCCUAGAUAGCAGCGAAUCAACCUCGAUAUCCCUCAGCCUUCAGCAGCAACGUCCGCAGCUGCAGCAGCCGUCAUCACACUCGGGAAGCGACGAAGGCGGCACCGGCGAAGUAAAUACUACAACGAACCAGAAUUCCGGCCAAGUUUCGCUGCAGCAAACUGGUCAGCAGCCUCAAGCAGCUCACAGUGGGACAACCCCUACGCAGUCAUCAGCUGCAGAGAGUCCUCGAGCAGCAACGCCGAGAAUCAGUUCGAUAUCGGUGGGGGUUAUCCCAGCGAUGAGUCCCGUUGAACCGCCGACACCGGUGCAAGAAACACCCAACCCAAUUUUACCGCUUCCGCUGGUAGCAUACGCCUCGCCACCCCCGGGACAACAGAGCGGGUCAUCGUCAACGCCUUCGACUGGCGCGAACUCGGAUUCGUCGGUCAGUAUACCAGUAUCUACCUCAACAACUGAAAAUCGUCGCAAAGACGAUCCCACACAACUUGUGCGACCCCACCGAGAGCUUCCACCGCCGCCGCCGCGCAGAACUCCGAGAACGGAUGGCAGUGGCCGAUUACAUCCGAGAAGACAUCAUACGGCCGAUUCGUUCGAACACCUGAAGCAGUCCCGUGACGCUUCGAUCCACAAGCGCUUGUCGUGGAAUUGCGGCCAGCAGCUUUCUGAGACGGCAGCAGGAUGUCCCAGCUCGAUCCGAAGUGGCGCGUCUGUCCACGGCCAUGGAGUUUCGCCGCAUCAGCAGGCCAUUAUGGCCGCAGACCUUCGUUCCCGUAACCAGUGCCUCAGCUCAGAAUCCAUGUAUAGUUCAAGCGGAGUCAGUAGUACAGGGUCGCUUCUGCUGAGCGGGGAGGAUGGUUCGGGCGGCUUAAUUGGAGGCCCCUUGGGUCCUACAGGAGGCUUGAUAGCAUUGGAAUCCUAUUUAGGACAGCACCCCUUCCCGCAGCAAACGAUCGUUAUCAACGGAAUUGACCCGUUCGAGGAUGACCCAAUUCAGGAAGAGGACGAAGGCUCCGCGGCCGAAGAGACGCCUCAGCCAGUUCCAGUGAUUCGAGCGAAACCACAGUACCAACUAGAAUAUAUCGCAGGGCAGCCUGGAUCACGGAUCAAGAUCGACAUCUCUGAGGUGGCCGAGACCGUCGCCUCCGACGACGCACCUGCGGUCCACUUUGUAACGGCUGGCAGCAUCUGCUGCUCCCCUGAUACGGAAGCUCUACGAGAGGGACCUAGCUCACCAUCGCUCCCUGAACGCCGAGCGAACGAUGAGCUGGUAACCCCCCGAAACCUGCCCACAGCGUCGCCACAGCAAACGCAGCGAAAAGAGCAGCAAGAACAUCAACAGCAAUUAUUAAGCAUUCAAGUAACUGGAGUACCAUCAUCACAGCACGUCUAUUCGCAGAAGUUGCCGUCUUCUCAAGUCGAAGUAUGUUGUCAGCCAUCUCCAGCGAGCAAAUUGUCGGAGAUGCCACUCUCCAGGACUGAAAGGGAGCCCGAAGUAGUCGCUGGAAAUUGGGGUAAUUCGACAAACGCCCCACAAAGCCCCUCGCAACAAGGCGAUACACCUCCGAUGACUGCCAAUAGAGCCAACGGUCCUCAAUCAAAGCGGCAGCCCAAAGAUCUGCACCGUAUGAAGGAACUCUUAUUAGAUAACUGCUCUUUUGACGUACAAGAUGUUUGACGAGCGUACUUUCUAUUCGACAGCAGAGCGCUCUGAGCACUUUACAGUUGGUUGGCUAUAACUUAAAGAAGCAGGUUGUAUGUAAUCAAAAACACCAUCAAGGUCUGCCGAAUCGGAGAAUUCAGACCUUUAGACUCGACAAACAUGGGAAACCGUUUUGUACCUAUAGGAAAAACAGUUAACACAGAUGAUCCACACGCUGAAGACAACAGAAGCUGAUUGUAAAAUAGAAUUCUCCUGCAACAAUAUAUGCGCUUGCACGUACAAGCAAAUAUGGGCGUCCCGUGGAUGUGCCCGUCAAGCAUUAACCAGGCCAUUCGCGGAGGCCUUUGGCAAACCUGACUAAUGAUAGGGCUGUGCAUGAUGGUCUUAUUAGUUAAAGGAAGUUACAGGAAGGAGGCGUCACCCAGUCACCAAAAAUGUUCCACAUUUUCCAAGUAAGGCCGAAAAUGUGUCGUAUAUUGCAAAAUCAGCGCAGAAAGUGUCGACUUCUUUCAAAUAGCCAUCAUGGCUAAUUUUAGUGUGCGGUAAUAAAAGCAGAAGCAGUAGGCUUACGACAUAUGCAAAGGAAAAGACGAACGAACGAAGAGUGUGUGGCCAAUGUAACGGAUGGAAACAAUCGUGUCAAGUAGAUAAGAUAACAAUAUAAUAAAAAUAUAUAUGAAUAGAAGGAUGCAACCUUUUCUGCAUUCUCUGGCACCUGUUUCGGGGUGGUAAACCUGAAUUGAUAAUAACUUCUGCUGAAAAACCUGCCACAUCGGCCGAUCUUUCCCUUAUAUAACAGCACAUAGGCUACGGAUAAUAAAUGUUCCCAAGGUUUUUUCCCAGCGAUAUGCGUCUCCACCUAGCUCAUAUCACAGUUUUCUCAAAACUCUCUUCCGAUAGGCAUCUUGUUCGAUUCGCUACAAACUAUAUAUAGUGUACAUAAUUACCCUAAUGCAACAAUGUAUAUAUAUAUAAUACAUAUUAUAUAUAUAUAUUUUAUAUAUAUGUAUAUAUAUAUAUAUACACAUACGAUGUGGUGUUUUCGGAAGAAUUCACAGCUUCAGAGCUCAUCUGAGUAAUGCUGGGGGCCCACGCUCUCGUUACGGUUACUAUUAUUUGUUACUACUCCAGCUACGGAUUAUUAUUAAUAUACCUAUAUCAAUAAGGUUCCAUUUAAAAUAUGAUAACAUCCUGUAUAUUGUGUCGCUUUAGUUGCGGAUAAUUGACGCGAAUGGCAAGCGAACUCAUUAUAGCUGGUGUACCAUUGUGAUUAGCAUCGCUAAAGCUCGGUAGAGCUAUUCUUUUAUUUGCCUAAACUGAACACCUAUCUCAAUAGUAAUAGGACAACUAUCGAAAAUUUCGAAGUCGUAUCUAGACAGUACUGCUCCUGUUGAGAGGAAAGAAACACAAAGCAACAAGAAUUCAAGCUAUUACCGUUGCUUUGUGUUCUCAUCUGGCUUGCGGAAACAAUUGCAGCACGUUUUUGCAAUGUAAAUAUACGGGAAAUACUAUAUAAUGACAAGUAAUGUCUAAUUAUCACGGCGGGCUGUGGAAAAAAUGCAGAAAAAAAGAAGGCGGUGACGAGCGAUCAGAAUAAACGAGGGGAGGAAGAAGGGAAGGAAACGUAACAAUGGAGAGUGGAACUAGCAGGAGCUAAGAGAACGAUGGAAGCGUUUUCUUCGUAGACUGAUCCAUUAUUUCCCUAUCAUUCUAUAAUAUAAUAAGAAAGUGUAAUUCAAAGAGAGAGACAUUUCGAUAAUUCAUAAUUUAUUUGGCUAUAUUGACCAGCUAACAUGCAUAUACGGAGACACACAAACAAACCUAAGAUUGUGAUGAACUUACGUUUGUCCUAUUAAUGAAAACUAUCCUUUUGCGGGAACAGUUGCUUGUCAGUUGGCUAAAAAGCCAAAGCAACCUCCGCCGGUUAGUCAAGGGACGAGGAGAUGACUAAUAAAAUACAAAGAUCACUUGGAUUAACGAGUCUGCUUCACUGUCGAUAGCUGUGACGCAACCUUAAACGUUAUAUUACAAAAACGUAAGAAAAACCGUUGAGUGUUCAUAUAAAGAAACUAAUUGACGCAGAGGCCUUCUACGGUGUGUGCAGGUUCUCAAGGAUUAAAUUUAAUCCGAUUCGUUUUCUUUCAUUGAUGUCAUUAUAUAGACCAAAGGAAAGGCGUUUUUUUUCUUGAGAACCUAACCUUUGCAUUGAGCCUUCCGUGUAUGCGACUAAAUGAAGAAGCCGCUGGUUACCUACGAUCCAGAUCAUCUGGAUUGUGCAAGCGGCUAAGGACAGGUUUCCUGUUAUGUAUAUAGUAACUAUUUGGACUACACACCCUGAUAGUUUUGCGAUAGAGUUUUGCAUAAGGUUGUUCAUCUUUGCGAUGUUCGAAGAGCGCGUUUGUUGAACGGGUCAACCCAAAGAAAUGAUUCUAUGUGAGGGACAAGCAAAUAUCAAUGAUCAUUCGUUUUUCCUCAAUUGUAUCAUAUCCGUAUAAAUUACGUUGUGUUGAAAUCUACGGACAUUUCGCCAAAACUUCUCCAAGGCGACAUGUUCCUCGUAAGAUUCAUGCUGCCGUAUUUCGGUCAUAACUAUUUUGUAAGCGAUUAGAUCAUUUUAUGUACAGCGGUUAUGUGCACAUGUAACAUUUUUCGGCUCUUUUUUUUGGUCGCUGGCUACAAGCCAAGAAAAUGUAUUUAUUUUCAAUAAAAUAUAAGUAUAGAUCUUUUGA